AUGUUUCAAUUCAAUGUAUCUCUAAUAAAUGUUGAAAUUAAAAGUUCUUAUUCAAAGAUUCCCAGCUUUUGUUUCUAUAAUUAUGAAAAUUUAGAAAGUGUUUUAAAACAAUAUGCUUUUUACAAGUGCACUAAAUUAAAAUCUUUUACUUUUCCCGAUGGACUAAAAUCAAUUGAAGACUGUAGUUUUAGUGAAUGCGCUAGUCUAUCAACUGUUUCAUUACCGAAUUCUGUUGAACAAAUUAGUGGAUUUCCUGAAAAUACAGUUUUCAAUUAUGAUGGAAAUAACUUUUAUCCACUCGUUUAUAUGUUUUUAGGAAAUGAUACAGUCAGAGAAAUUCAACCUGAUAAAAUAAUUCUGACGACAAACAAAGAAAUGUCAUUUGUUCAUACAGGAGAGGAAGGUAAUAUUUUUGCAGAAAAGAAAAAUAGCUUGCAAGUUUUAAAUUUUCCAAGUUUUGUAACAAAAAUAGUUAAUUAUGCUUUUCGAAGCGCUCAUAUCUAUUACCUCACUUUCCCAGAAUCUCUUUUAUACAUAGGAGAUUGUGCAUUUCAGGGUUGCACUGAUAUUGAAAAAGUAAUAAUUCCUGAUUCAGUCACUUGUAUUAGCAUUUGGGGAUUUUAUCGAAUGGAAAAUUUAAAAGAGGUGAUAAUAGGUGAAAAUGUGAAAUAUCUUGGUGCUGGAACAUUUCAAAGUUGUAUAAGACUUUCAAAAAUUGUUAAUAAAGCAUCAAUUGAAGAACUAAGAUCAAAUGUUUUUAGUGGAUGUGCUAUAGAAUCUUUUGAAAUUACUUCAUCAGUGAAAUCUAUUGCAAGGAAUGCAUUUUCAUAUUGCACAAAUUUAAAAAGUAUCACAAUAGGAGAAAAUGUUGAAUUUAUUGGAGAACAUGCUUUUUCUGAAUGUAUAUCUCUGAAUGCAGUAACAAUCCCAGGAAAUAUAAUUUAUGUGGAUAUAUCUGCAUUUCCAUCAAAUACUAGAAUCACUUUUGAAAAUCCAUUAAGGUCCAUAGCAGUUAUUUAUAAAUAUAGAUCUGGAGAUUCUAUCAAAGAAAUUCUUCCAAAUAAAAUUAUUUUAAAUGAUGGAAGUAAUAUUGAUCAUGAUGGAAGUAUUGAUCGCGUAGAACGAAAUGAAUUUGAAUACAAAAACAGUCUAAUAAAAGUUCAUUUUCCACCAUCUCUUAAAUAUAUUUAUGGAAGCGGAUUUCAUGAUUGUCCUAACUUAAAAGAAGUGAUAUUUGAAAGUGCUGAUGUUAGAUAUGAUCCUAGAGACAGUUUUUUAAAUUGUCCAGUAACAAUUAAAUAUAAUAAUGUUGGAAAUAUAAUCCUUCCAUAUCAAUAUGCUGAUUCGAAUCAAACUGGUGAAAUCACAACAUCUUUCAAACUUUCGCCAUAUUCAUUCCAUAGUUCGAAAUUCACAUCUAUUACAAUUGAACAAGGACUCAAAUCAAUUCCAGAUUAUUGUUUUGGCUUUUGCCUCAAUUUAACAAGAAUUAACCUUCCAGACUCAAUUGAAACUAUCGGCGCAAAUGCAUUUUGUUUUUGCCUCAAUCGAAACUACAGAUAG